AUGGGUGGUUUUUCUUUCCUAUCUCAAACCACCGCUAAUCCCCCUCAUUCACAGGCCACAUUCUUCUCUUCUUCGGAUUCGUCUCCAGACAUGGCUUGCACUGCACAACAAGCGCCAAGCUGCCACACUGGAAAAUGUAUUUUGUAUACAGCUGGAUUUGUUCUAGGAGGUGUUGCUCUUGGUUAUUUUAUCGGGUACAAACUUGCGUUGCGUAAGGCUCGUGUCAACAGUAAGGUUCAGUUGGCUAAUGAUAAGGUUGUCGAUACUGUAGAUAUGGAGGACAUCGGCGAGAAGAAGGCCUUCUGUCGUUGCUGGAAGAGCGAGAAGUUCCCAUACUGUGACGGGGCACAUACGAGACACAACAAUGAGACCGGCGACAAUGUUGGCCCUCUAAUCGUCAAAGGCAAACAUUGA